UACCAUGGCUGUCUCUUUUAUAUGAUUUCAGUGUCUCUAUGGACAUGUUGUCUUUACAACCACAAUACGUGUAUUCAAUGGCUGUCUAACCUAGUGAUGCACAGCCAGUUGCUCAAGCCUCGUUCUUUGGGUUUGAAAUUAUCUGUGUCCAUCGCACUUUCCUGCAUGAAGAGUUUGGGUUUAGGCUUUGUUGCGGUUUGGUAAUCAACCUAAGAAAUUGCGGAGGCAUGCAGUAGCUUUCUUGCCUUUUUCAUUACUUACUUUUGUUUUCUCUAAUAACGCAUACUAUUUCAUCUUUUCAUGACUAGAUAUGUACAUCCAAACUCCGCUUUGGAUGUGAUCAUGAGUUCCUUGUCUUGUUUGGUUUAUGUCUUAUUGUGGACAGUCCUGGUUUCUCCUUUGCUUAUCGGGAGCACACAGUCUACAGAAACGACUGAUAUGAAAGGCUGGAAUGUAAGCUCUGUCAUACUUCCUUUUCAGGAAACAGACUAAAUGUUUAUAUAUUGGAACUCGCAGGUGUUUCUUUCUUCAGUCCUACAGCACAGUUGUCAUACUUUUGAUGGAAACAUAGUACAUGGGCUGCUUUUGUUCAAAAGGUGUUAAGCGGACGCCUGGGUACGAGGAGCCUACUGUUCUGGCUGCUGAGACACCUUUUACCGUAAGCGAAGUGGAGGCGUUGUAUGAGCUCUUUAAGAAGCUAAGCAGCUCAAUUAUUGAUGACGGCCUUAUUCACAAGGAAGAGUUCAAUCUUGCUCUUUUCAGGAACAGAAAUAAGAGGAAUCUCUUCGCUGACAGGAUUUUUGAUCUAUUUGAUGUGAAGCGAAAUGGUGUCAUUGAGUUUGGAGAAUUUGUCAGAUCUCUGGGUGUCUUUCAUCCAAAUGCACCAAUAGAAGACAAAAUUGCAUUUGCUUUCAGAUUGUACGACUUGAGGAACACUGGAUCCAUCGAGCAAGAGGAGUUGAAGGAGAUGGUAUUGGCACUUCUACAUGAAUCAGAUCUGGUUCUUUCAGAGGAUGUUAUUGAAACAAUUGUGGAUAAGACAUUCAGCCAAGCAGAUGCGAAAGGUGAUGGGAAGAUUGACCAGGAAGAAUGGAAGGAGUUUGUGUCCAAGAACCCUUCGCUGAUCAGGAACAUGACGCUACCAUAUUUGAAGGACAUUACGCUGGCCUUCCCGAGUUUUGUUCUUAGGUCUGAGGUAGAAGAUUCGGAGGUGUGAGCUUCAGAUAUUACCCACAUAGCGAAGUUAAUCGAUUAACCGCCAUGAAUGAAUGCAAGCAACAUGGACGACAUCUGUCGUUGGCAGAAAAAGAGCAUCUAGCACGAUGCUGACCAGCUGACCAGCUGACCAGCAUGGUUGCUGAAUCAUCCGUCAAUCAGCCAGUAUCGAUAUCUCGGCCUCUUGCGGAUGAAGGUGAGCUCUCCGGAGGUGCUAUACAUAGGAUGUGAGAGUGUAAGUGAUUCGUGUCAUACAAAUGCGGGCUUUCUUGCCUUGUAAUUUUAAGGAGCUUAAUGGGGAAGUUGCAAAAACACCAAUAAUGUCGAAGUUAACUAUAUCCCUAAGUCUGUUUUUCAUCAUGCUCAGUACCUUGAUAUUGGAAAGCGAGUUUUUAUCUCAUUUGCUUAUUGGUUUGCUCUUGUGA